GGCUCAAAUGUCAAACGCGACUAUUUCGUCAACAGAGUCGUGGCGCGAUAGUUGGAUUUUAUGAAAUAACAACAAAUACUUUUACACAGUGCGUUUGACGGACAAUGGAUAAUAAACGAUAGAAGUCAGUAUAUUUUUUUGCGUCGCAGAGGUAACCGGCGUGUCGUGUUAAUCUAACGAGGAGUUCUUGCGAUUCCGAUACUUACUAUUGAUUUUUGUUCUUCGCCGGUUUUGUAACAUUGUCAUGAAGGUUUCAGUUGUUUAGAACGCUAUCAACAUUACCAAGUUUUACGUUACGUCGUGUUUAUUGAUUGAAAUUAUAAUAUUCUGUGAAACAACAUUUCCCUUGAUCUCAUUGAAGAACUUCGUGGGAAUAACAUACAUUGUGUAAAGAUGGAGAAGGUGGAAUCAGCACUGGACGUGCUAUCGCGUGCUGCAACUAUGGUGCAGCCUUGUCCCGCAUACCCUGCCAGCGACUCCGACAGCUUUGAGACACCCAGUACUGCAUCGAGUGGCGAGUCGGAAGGCGAUCGCACCCUGUCUCCGGAGACGCCGCGCGCGCAGCCCAAGGAGCUCACCGGCAAAUGGCGCAGGGAGAGGCGUUCCACUCGCCUGCCUGAUUAUAGACCUAGGGAGAACGGCAAGAUGGCGCUUCGGUCGCAAUCAUUCAACGAGAGGCGCAGCGUGGCGUCUGUUGCGCGCGCGCAGCCCCACAGCGACGGAGAACUCUCUGACGAGAUCGAUGAUGGACCGGCGAACUUGGCUAUCAAUGGGAAAAGAGCUCCCCCAGAAUAUCCGGCUGGCAAGAACGAAGCGCCUAUUGACAUGCGCUUACGAUCCCGCCCCGCACCGCCGCCCUACACCAGGCCUUCUGUUAUCACGAAGAGCAAGGAUACUCCACCAGGUUCAAUGUCAAUGUGCGAUCCAGUCAUCGACGAACAUUUCCGACGCUCGCUGGGUGACGAUUACAUGAACUUAUUUAAGAAGAACAAUCCCGAAAUUGCUCAGCCCGUGCCAAAACCGAACAUGAAAGACCGCGCCAGCAGCCCCAUACAGUUUAAGACUGAAGAGCUCCCCAAACCCACGAAAGUAAUUGCUAUGGAUGUGGAUGAUGCAAGUAUGUCAGUAGACGAUCACUUUGCAAAGGCUUUAGGUGACACUUGGAGGCAAAUACAGACAUCAAGGUUAAAAGAUAAUGAAAAGGUACAGCCCCCGACCAAGGGCGGCGUCGACGAUCACUUCAGCAAAGCCCUCGGCGAGACGUGGAAACAAAUUCAAUCAUCCAAACUCAACUUAGACACUGACAACGAGAAAUCUAAAGAUCAAACGACGAAAAUUAUUUCAAGGAGCGGAGUGGUAAUAUAAUAACGGUAGUUAAGCCGCUGGGUGGUUCGGUUUACGGCCUUGUAAAAUUUACGAGGCAUUUUCAUGAUACUAACUGGAGUAUCAAUAAAUUCCCACUUGUUUUACAUAGAGAAAGCUAUUAUUUUGAGAAUGGUACGGAGUGUGUGCCACUUCUUAUGGUGCCUUCACACCUGCGUCGUAGAUGAAGAUUUAUUCCGUUUGUUACAGCCAUGUAUCGAACACAAGCUUUUUGGCACUUCGCCUUUGUUUAUCAUAAAAUGUAUUCAGUGUUUCAGAUAACAAAAUGUCAAUAACAAGUUAUAACCGAUAUAAAAACAGUGCCUGAAGAUAACAUUGUUUCACGCGGGUUGGAGGCACAUUUAUGUCUAAUAAAUCGAGAUCCAUGACAAUUCUGUUACCUUAGGUUUUGGGUAAUAUUUUUGUAUUGUUAUUUAAUUGUAAAUGAUAUAUAAAUAGUCAAUUAGUCACCAGUUACACAUUGUAAGUUAUUACCUCAAUAUGAGCGCUUUUGCACAAUUCACUAAUAGGGUAAGUAAUAAUGUUGUAAAUAAUAGUCAUUGUGUGGUUGAGGCGAUUGUGUGAAUAUUUAUGAAAGGAGAUAUUUAGAUAUGUUUGACUAACUGUGUUUCAUUUCAACAUUAAAUGUUCCUCGUGUAAAAUGUGUGAAUGUGCAAGUAAAACUUCGAAUGUAACGAGAUGCCCAUCGAAAUUUUACGGCAGAUGUUUUGUCAAAGUGUUUAAAUGUUUUAUUUUAAUUAAUUAAUGUAUGAGUAUGUUGAGAAAAACUUUUAAGAACACAGUAAUAUAAAUCAUGAAGCCUGUGGGGAAAGUGAUAGAGUAUUUGAGAACUUCAACUAAAUGUCCUGUAACGCGAUGUUAAAUUAAAAUGGAACCUACACCUUUGCACCUCCCGUCCUAGAUUACCUUCGUGAAUUUAACAUUUUCAAUGGAAAAAAGAUUUUAGCUCCUGUUAGGAUUUUUGAAUUUUUUUGGAUGUGAUGCUCCGACAUACUUAUGAAUUUUAUUCCAAAUAAUUACCUCUACAUCAUCAUCCUCCGAGCCUUUUUCCCAAUCAUGUUGGGGUCGGCUUCCAGUCUAACCGGAUUCAGCUGAGUACCAGUGCUUUACAAGAAGCGACUGCCUAUCUGACCUCCUCAACCCGAUACCCCUUGGUUAGACUGGUGUCAGACUUACUGGCUACUAAUUACCUAUACAUAUUACGACAAAAUUAUUUUUUUAUGUGAUUCAUUAUUUUCCUCACAAAGCUCUUAUUGUUUUAAUAAAUCGAGGAGCAGCAGGCUGUAUCCUCGUUUCCUACGACUUAGUAUAAAUAUACUUCGUUUGAUGUAUGUAAAUAACGUUUUCCUAUUUAUGCACUUUAAUUUUAAGUAUAAUGUCGUUAAAGACGAGCAAAUACACAUAGCCUUUAAAA